AUGAUCACCAUUGCUCUGCUGCGGUGCCGAAAUAAGAGAAUGGACGAAUCCAAAAACAUCAGACUUUCCCACAAAGCCUAUUCGUACGCCCAAUCGGCCAAGAGAGCUGCUGCCGUUGGCGUUGCCUCGCGGACUGGCCCGCACCGCACCUACAUCACUUUGACUGCAAACAUCUUUUUUCAAGCUGGAAAAAAGCCAACACGCACCUCACGCACGAAGCUGCAACCCCCACAACCGAACGCCCAGAGACGAUUCGAAUUCACUGAUCUUUCUGUGUUUGGUCAAUCCGCUGCGCCCAGGGCAAAAUCCACUUUGGAAAGCUCCGUUCAGACCAAACCUGCCUACGGCUAG